AUUUCGCCAAUCAUAUUUAUUCAUUGUAGAAGGGUAAGUGCAAAAUAUAACAUCUAAUCUUUGUGCCUUGGUAAAUAAAUAAAUGCGGCAUUAAUCAUGGGGUUGGACGAUAUAAUGUUGGUUCCUUCAGAAAAGAAUUCUGAUCUUAAGAAAUCUUUAAAAAAACAUAUUUCAGAGGAUGCAAAAACAAAAAAGAAAGGAAUAAGAAUAGAUAACUUUUUAAAACUUGCUAAAGAAGGGCAUUUUAAAGAAGGCUCGAUCCAUGAAGUUUUAGAAGAAUGUGAAUUGCUUUUUUGUUCAACGCCUCCACCUCCAAGGAAUCCAGAAUUGGAAGAACGUAUUUCUAAACUAAAAGCAGAGCAAGCCAAUGCUGAAUAUAGAUCAAUGACAAAAAGUUUACUUCCUCCAGAUAAAUCAAAAAGCUCUUUGAGAGAAGACAUAAACACAGUUUCUUCUCAAGUUAUUGCUGUCAUAAAUUUUGUACUCACAGUUGGAGGUACUUUCUGUUUUGUUUACAAAGCUGUUGAAUAUGCAUUGCCUCAUCAAAAUAUUCCUGCUCAAGUUUUGGUGGCCAUUCUUGCAUCUAUUGUUGUUGCUGUGGCUGAUAUUUAUUUUCUGCUACAAACAAUAUGAUGUUAUAGUAUUCCAUAAGAAAAAUGUUACUGAACAUUAUUUAUUUUUCUAUAGUUUUAUUUAUACAAAAUUUAAAUUCCAAUUAAAAAUACUUUUUAAAUUGA